UAGUGGACGGAACGCUUCUUUUAACAGCGUCAACAGUUAGUCAGCCACCUCGGUAGCUUGCUAGCCAAAAUAGCCGAACCAAUAAAGCUCUUCAGACGCUUUAGUGUAUAUUAGCCACUGUGUUUUAUACCUACUUCUGUCGUCUAGUUAGUUAUCCGAUUUAAUUUCAUAUUUACCGUUGUUGUUAUUAUUAGUCAGCCAGCGGGCUGGUUAAGUUAGCAUUAGCCUAGCUAACUAACAUCCCCGACCAUGAGUUCACUAGGCUACUCUCCUGCUGAAGAAGAGCGUGUCUGCUGGACGGAGAAAGAGGGUCUGUGGCUAAACGUUGUCGUGAAAGAGGAGGAAGAGGAUGUCAGAAUACCAAAACAAGUAGAGGGUGAGGCUGUUACAGUGAAAGAAGAAGAGAAAGACGUCUCAGUGAAAGAAGAAGAAGACGCGUUCAGAGUGAAAGAGGAGGAGGACGUUAUAGUAAAAGAAGAGGAGGAAGAAAAAGAGGAGGAGGCUGUUUUUGGAGUGAAAGAGGAGGAGGGGGAGAUGACUGUCACAUUGGAAGAAGAAGAUGAAGAGGAGGAAACUGGAUAUCUGGGCUCGGAUUCCCAAAGGCAUGUUAAGGCAUCCUAUGGUUCUAACGAUGAACGGGCCCCUGUUAACACUAGAGAGAGAUGUGACUAUCGUGGAUCCUCUGGGGAGCCUCAACAACAUCAUGAUGCUGACAAGGCAGAGAAGAGUCUCACCAGAUCAGAACACCUCAAAAAACACCAGCAGAGACACAGAGGGAAGAAAUCUCACUGCUGCUCUGACUGUGGGAAACAUUUCAAAUUUUCAUCAGAACUUAAAUUACACCAGAGAACACACACAGGAGAGAAACCUUAUAGCUGUACUCAAUGUGGGAAGAAUUUUACUCAGUCAAGCAGCCUGAUAGUGCACCAGAGAACACACACAGGAGAGAAAAGUUAUAGCUGUACUCAAUGUGGGAAGAGUUUUACUUCAUCUGGCUAUCUGAAAAUACACCAGAGAGCACACACAGGAGAGAAACCAUUUAGCUGUACUCAAUGUGGGAAGAGUUUUACGACAUCUGGCUAUCUGAAGAUACAUCUGAGAGCACACACAGGGGAGAAACGCUAUAGUUGUAAUCAAUGUGGGAAGUGUUUUACUCAGUCAAAGGGCCUGGUAGUACAUCGGAGAACACACACAGGAGAGAAACGUUAUAGCUGUGCUCAAUGUGGGAGGAAUUUUACUCAGUCAGGCAACCUGAAAUCACACCAGAGAACACACACUGGAGAGAAACCUUUUAGCUGUGAUCAAUGUGGGAAAAGUUUUAUCAUAUCUGGCGAUCUGAAGAUACAUCAGAGAACCCACACAGGAGAGAAACCUUAUAGCUGUAAUCAAUGUGGGAAGAGUUUUGCUACAACUCGCUAUCUGAAGAUACACCAGAGAACACACACGGGAGAGAAACCGUAUAGCUGUAAUCAAUGUGGGAAGAGUUUUGCUGCGUCUAGCUAUCUGAAGAUACACCAGAGAACACACACACAGGAGAGAAACCAUGUAUCUGUACUCAAUGUUUGAAGAGUUUUACUCAAACAGCCUGAUAGCGCACCAGAGAAGACACACAGAAGAGAAAUCCCAUAGCUGUACUCAAUGUGGGAAGAGUUAUACUCAGUCAAGCAGAGUGAAAGUGCACCAGAGAACACACACAGCAGAGAAAAAAACGUAUAGAUGCGGUCAAUGUGACAAGAUACUCUGAUUAAAGAUCUCUGAUCAAACAUCAGAAAAUGUAUACAUGAAGGAGUUGUUUCAUGAAUCAGUGAAAUAAUGUCACAAUGUAGAAUGUUUUAACAUUGUAGAAUAAGUAUUUUAAUGAUGUCACAAUGUAGACCAGGCUCUGAAUUGAAAGAGUACUAUUAAUGAGAUUUAACAAAAAAGAGCUGUAUCACUUACCGUGUUGUCGACCUAUUUUAAUCAAAAUGUAUCUGGCUGUUUUUUACAAAUUGUCCUCUAACCAGGGAUGGACACAUUAUUCCCAGAUUCCGUGUGGUUUUUGAGCUGUUAGUUUUAACAGGACUCGGCACAACUGAUUUCAACAGGAUAUCGAUGAGUGAUGACAAAUAAGUGUUGUUUCUCUUUGUUUAGCGACCCCUACAGUCAAAUGCAUCACUCCAAAAUGUAUCUGACUGUCUUCUGCAGGUUGUCUUCUAACCAGUGAGGUAAAAGAUAUCUCCAUUUCCAUGUGUUUUUUUGUUUUGUUGUGUUAGUUUCAAGAGCAGGUUCAACCUGAUUUCCCCCCAAAUCGAUAUGCGUUGCCAUGGAGCUUAAUUUAUUUUCACUGCACAUUUUUCCCUAUUGGAGAUGAGUUUUGUUUGAGCUCGUUCCAAGGGAAAGAGAGUUCUAGAAGCUAGUGAGUUUUAAGGACGAGAGUUCCAGAAGCUAAUGACUUUUAGGAUUCUAUAGAAAUUAUACGAUUGUAUAUUAUUAUUUAGAAAUACAUGUUUUUAAUUGUUCCCAGCCAGUAGACACCAUGUUUAUAUUGUAGAAGGCGAAGCAUUUUAGUUGAUUAUAUUGUGAAAUAGAAGUUGUUUUCUGUUUGUGGUGAGCAAACUUGUCCAUCAAAAAUAUAGGAUAUAUUUGUUGUCUUAAAGGGGAAGAUUUUACAGGCUUUGGUUUUUCCAUUUAUGUUUUGAGGUUGGACUUCGAGAACUCUCUUCUUCCUAAACGUAUAGCUCGUUAGCACGUAGGACGCACUGAUUGGUGUCACCUAGUUAGUCAGUAUGUGUUACACCUGUGCUGGCUUGUCCAUCUCGUUAGUGGGAAGGUGUUUCACCUGAGCUGGUCCAGGUUCUAUUUAAGAGUGUCUGGCCCAGUGCUCCAGUUGUCUUGAUAGAUAUGGAGAGUCAACACCUUUAGUUGCUCCACCUUUUUGGUGUGUUUUUUUUUUGCCUCUUCUUGGGCAGAUUUAGUGGGUCUCGUGGUGGGUGUCUUUUAUGUCCCAGUUGUUGUUACUAGUCAAUUUUCAGUGGACACCCCCAUAGUGUCUUUGAGUCACUCCUAAAAAACAAGCUUAUAUUUUGGGUUGGAUGUUGCAUCCAAUUAAUAUUUUAAUCAAUGGACUUUCCUUAGAAUGUUCAUUAGUUGUUAGUCUUCUGUUUGUUGUGUACUAAAUACUUCUGUUUAUGUUCUUUAUUUUUUCCCUGUGAAGCUAUUGUGUUGCAUCCAUGUCUGAAAUGUGCUGUAUUAAUAAAGCUUGAUUUUAUUUCAACAAA